AUGCACCGCCCCCUCACCCCCUCCCCCAAACCCCAACCCGCGCGGAAGCGCCUCAUCAUCUGCUGCGACGGCACCUGGCAAUCCGCCGUCGACGGCCAGGAGAGCAUCCCCUCGAACGUGACCCGGCUCUGCCGCGCCAUCGACAGCGUGGGGAUCGACCCCGUGGACCACCAGCCCUGGCAGCAGAUCGUCUGGUACGACUCCGGGGUGGGCACCAACACCACGGCGGCGGGCCCGCUCCGCAACUUCGUCGAGGGCGCCCUGGGCAAAGGGCUGGAGGGCAACAUCGUCGAGUCCUACCACUUCUGCGCCCUGAACUGGAACCCGGGCGACCAGAUCCUGUGCUUUGGGUUCUCGCGCGGGGCUUACACGGCGCGCGCCAUCGCCGGCCUGAUUUCGGAUAUCGGCAUCUGCCCGCCGCAUCAGAUCGCCAAUUUCCCGGCGCUGUGGAAGGUGUAUAAGAAGACGCCGGCGGGGGAGCGGUUCUAUGGCAGUGAUGCGUAUUAUGAGUUUUUCCGGGGGUGCCGAUCCUCCUUUGUCGGAGAAGAGGGGAAGGAGGAUAGAGAGGAGGAUGAGGGUUCUUGGGAGUCGGCCGCAGAAUGGGCAUCGACACCGGAAUCACGGCAGGUGCAAGUGGUUGGGGUCUUCGAUACCGUCGGCAAUCUGGGCUUCCCUGAGCUGUUUGGCCAUGAGCUUCCCGCGUGGCUGACUUGGACUGAUAAGCCUGAAUGGCAUAAUGUCGGUCUUUCGCCUAAUAUCAAGAACGCAUUCCAAGCGCUGGCGCUGGACGAGCAUCGACGACUGUUCCGCCCAGCCAUGUUCUUCGUCCAGACGCCGAAAACUAUCACGGAGAGCCGAUCGCGAGAAAUCAAGAACCAGGCACGGGACGCCACCCGUCAGUGGCUAAAACUCGUAAGAAGCGGCACCGCCAGCAUCGAGGAGCUACACGCAGCCGAGGAACGUCGCAACGUGGCGGCACGCGAGCUUUUGGAGUGGGAGGACAGCCAGAAGGAGCCGUCCCAGCUGACGCAGGUCUGGUUCCCGGGGUUCCACAUCCACAUCGGGGGCGGAUCCAGCCGGACCCUCAAGAACAAGGGCAACAUGGAAGAGAUGUCCCACAUCGUCUUCGCGUGGAUGCUGGACCAGAUCCAGGGGUACGUCUCCCUCGACCGCGAGCUCCUCCAGCUCGAGGAAAAGACUCGGGAGGAUCGUCUGCGGCGGAUCAACGAGGCGCUGGAGGCGUACCAGAAGAAAGAGCGUCGCUGGCAGUCCGAACCCUGGGCCCAGUGGCUGUGGCGCACGGGGCGGGGUCUGGUUGCCGCCGUGCAACACCCACUCACCCCGUCGGGCGAUGCUCCCCCGGCCUAUCGCCAGAUCCGUCAGUAUGGCUGGGCCACCGGCGAUUUACCUGACAGCUUCGACUUCACCUACCGCCUCAACGGGUCGCUGGCGCGCAGGCCGCGUCGCUAUGUUCGGAAUGCGCGCACGAAUGAGAUUCUCGGGCAUACUUGCGAGUAUAUCCAUCCAACGGUGGGGUUUCGGCUGAAGCACGUGCCGGGGUAUCGUCCGGCUGGCCUGCAUGAGGGCCAGUAUGCUCGUCAGCUGAGGGCUGACGGCCAGGGCUACGAGUAUCACUUUAGAUACCCGGGUGAAAAGGAUGAGGAGGUCUUGCCCGAGUGGGAGAUGGCAAGAGAUGAGCUCUCCUGGGAGCGGUGGGUUGUAAAGGGAAAGGAGGCGUUGGCGUAUGUGGACAGCCUACUCCACUGA